AUGAAGACUGCGGACUGCUUGUGCAACCAUCUACAUCAGAAAAGGUGGACCAAACGACUGCAACUUCGUCGACAUCUGAAGCAUACGCGCUCUCCUCUGCUGUGUAUACCCAUCGAUCGAAGUACAACCGGAGACGAGCCGAAGAAAAGUAACUGCUUUGGAACCACCACAGCCGGCGAUAGUCGAUUCUCGAUUCCUUUUCCUCUGAAGGCCAAAGAUUCGGUUUCUUCCUACCAAGCAAGCUUCACUUAUUAUCUCCUGAAAUCACUGAUUUGUAGUUCAGUAGUUGUGACAAUGAAGAACGCCGAGCGUGCUGCAAAUAUUGCUCUAGCAGGUUUAACAUUAGCUCCAUUAGUUGUGAAAGUAGAUACAAAUUUAAAUGUUGUAUUAACCGCAUGCCUCACUGUUUUUGUGGGUUGCUAUCGCUCUGUCAAGCCAACACCUCCUUCUGAAACAAUGUCUAAUGAACAUGCAAUGCGUUUUCCCUUAGUUGGUAGUGCAAUGUUGUUAUCUUUGUUCCUGCUAUUUAAGUUCCUAUCAAAAGACUUGGUCAAUGCAGUGUUGACUGGAUACUUCUUUAUACUUGGGAUCAUCGCUCUUUCGGCUACACUCUUACCUGCAAUUGAUCGGUUUCUACCAAACAAGUGGAAUGAUGAUGUGAUCAUAUGGCGUCUCCCGUAUUUCCGGUCUUUGGAUGUUACUUUUGAGUUCACAAGGUCUCAAGUUGUUGCUGCUAUUCCUGGUACCUUUUUUUGUGCAUGGUAUGCUGCACAAAAACAUUGGCUGGCUAACAACAUUUUGGGUCUUGCAUUCUGCAUUCAGGGAAUUGAAAUGCUUUCACUUGGCUCUUUCAAGACUGGUGCCAUUCUGUUGGCUGGACUUUUUGUAUAUGAUAUAUUCUGGGUGUUUUUCACUCCAGUAAUGGUUAGUGUUGCUAAAUCAUUUGAUGCACCUAUCAAGCUUUUAUUUCCAUCAAGAAUUGCUGCACGCCCCUUUUCCAUGCUUGGUUUAGGUGACAUUGUAAUUCCAGGGAUUUUUGUAGCAUUAGCACUGAGAUUUGAUGUGUCAAGAGGAAGAGAGAGCCACUAUUUUAAAAGUGCUUUUCUGGGAUACACAGUUGGGUUGGUUCUUACAAUUGUUGUCAUGAAUUGGUUUCAAGCUGCACAGCCGGCUCUAUUGUACAUUGUACCAGGGGUUAUUGGGUUUUUGGCUGCUCAUUGUCUAUGGAAUGGAGAGGUUAAACCGUUACUGGAGUUUGAUGAGUCAAAAACAGCAGCUAUUACUUCAGGAGAGGAAACAAUUAGCAGCAAGAAAGUGGAAUGAGAUGUGAAACAUGAGUUUAUAGUUGUUUUUUUGGAUUAACUACUAGUUGAGGAUGAAAUUUUGCUUUAACUUAUGGAAUUUUCAUAGACCUUUUUUUACUAGAUAAUUGCUUAUCAAAUAUCAUCAUUUCAAAGAUUAAAAAGUUAUUAGCAUGAUCAUGCAAUUGAUAAAUUGCUUAUCAAUUACACUAGUUUGCAAAUUGGCAUGGAUGAUUUUGGAUUAAAAAUGCAAAGCCAAUGAAGAUGUCCAUAUACACAAACAUCAUCUGUUAUUGAAAUCCCAAU